AAUUUAUUCCCUUUAUGGAAUAUUAUUUUAGUAUUGAAUAUUUUAAUUCUUUACAUUUUUAUCUGUGCUUUGAAUUUGAUCCAUUAGAUAGUAACUAUCUGAGAGGAAAAAUGAUAACUGAUGGACCUAUAAAUGUGAGCUUUCCUUUUCGGACUGUGCGUAUAGGAACGAAAACUUCGUCAUCUCUGGGCGAUAAUCACCCAGUCAAGUUUGAUAAAAAAAGAUUGAAGUUUUCUGUGAAUAUAAAUUCUGAAAGUGAUUCUGCCGAAGUUGUCAAACUUGUGAUACCAUGUAAACAUAUCACAUUAAUCAAGUCAUAUUUAAGCAGAGGAUGUCCUGUGGUUUGGUUACAAACUACAGAAGAAUGUACAAGACAUAUAAGGAAAUUAUUUGGAUUGAAACAAUCGGAAUAUCCAUCAUAUUAUUAUGAUCCAAAAUCAAAAUUAAUAGCAGAGAGAUUCAUUGGGAUUGUGAUUAAUGUGAAUAACAUGGGCUAUGAAGACGCAUAUAAUUUCAGACUGGUUUUACAAGAAAUAUGUCAAGAUAAAAAUAUAUCAGUUGAUGAUUUACAUGAAAAAAUAUCACAGGCUGAAUGUAAUUCAAUGUUGGUUAAGGUUUCUGAAAUCAUUGAUCGAAUACAAUCACUUCUAAACAAAAUUGCUGCUUUGCCUGAUUUUGAUCCCCAUAAAAAUAUGCAUGACGAUCUUAAGAAUAGUGCAAGUUUACUACCAGUCAGUUAUGAUAAUUCUCCAACUACCAGCUCCAAGAAGAAAACAGAUCAAACUCAAAAUGAAGUUGAUAAGGAGAAAAUUAUUAAACCGUCUUUACAAUUUCCAACAAAUGUUCCUAAUUCUCCAGUUAGCAGUCCACAGAAAAAUAUGGUUGUAAGUCCUGGAACUGCUCAACGAAAUCGUGCAAGAAAAUCUAUUCCUAAAUCGAAUCGAAGCAUUAGUUUGGAAAGCCAACUUGAUGAAAUACGAGCUAAAGCUGGAUUGAGCCCAGAUGCAAAGUCAGUGAUUCAAGUAACAUCGCAGCCAAACAAAAUUCUGCCAGAUAUUGUGGAAAAUAAUAGUACAGAAGAUGCAACUGAUGGUAAUAUCGAACCUGCCACUGUACCAGCCGCUGUUGUAAAGAAGAAACGUCCAAAGGAUCCAUUUCUAUGGAAAGGUAGAACAAAGAGAAGAUACAAAAAGAAUUCUUCAGAAACUCGCAAUGUGUAUCAACCACCUGGAGAUAACAGUCCAAAAGUUGGAGAAACAUUGACAACGCCCUUUUCAACUAUAAGUGCAACUUCAAAUUUUAUACUUCCAAAUGUCAGGGACAAUGAUACAGAACUACAAUCACAUGAACAAAUUGCUGGAUUUCAUAGUACAGUGGAAAAAUGCAAAUGUUUAGAGAAGAGUCCUCACAUAUUACAUACUGGUGUUUAUCCAAUAAAAUGUAUGGGAUUGGACAGUGUUGAUGGUCGGUUAUCACAAUGUAUAAACUCUGUUAGUACUCCAAUGAUGAUGAGAUCAUCUCGCCAUUCACCAUUGCUUGCACUGUGUGAUGAACACAGAGAAAGGAUGCUUCGUCACGAAUGUUGCACUGGUUGUGGAAUGUUCUGUGCAGGAGGAACUUACCUAAUUUGUGUGCAAUCAUCAGAGUGUCCUCACAGAUUUCAUAAAGACUGCAUGUUACUUCACCAUCAAACAAAACAUUGUCUUCAUUGUGGUGGUCCAAUGUCAACAGUACGUGAAGUUACUGUCGAACCUCGUCAAGAAUAUAAAUUACAAUGGUUGGUGGCUGGACUUGAUGCAAAUAAAAUGGAGAAGAAACGUUUAAUUGCCAACAGAGAAAAAACUGCAAGAAUGGGGCAUAAAUCAACAGUGGAAACAACAACAAUCCUGAAAGAGGAAGGAGUUGUAAAGACUUUAAGACUUGGUAUUACUGUUCAUACAUCUCAAUUACCUCCAGGAAAAGAUAAAGACAUUGUGGAGAAUGCGCUAUGCAAUUUUUUUGAAACUAGUCAUAAGAAAUUAAAGAUUCAUCCAAAAAAUGUUUCUCAAGUAAUUCAACAAGGUGAUUUAAUGAAGCUUAUUCAGUUCUUUCAUGAAGCUGAGGAAAUUGAUUUUAAAAAUCUUUUGAAAAAUCCUACGAAUCUCAAUCGUUCAGUAAUGAAUGGAAACGUUGCAAUCGUUUAUCUUCUCAAACUUGUCGGUGUUAAAUUGAACAACAAAGAUGCAAAGGGAAAAACUGCAUUGUUUUACGCUGAGGAAAGAGAGCAUGUUCGAUUGAUUAAUUUCCUUAUUGAAAAUGGAGCAGAUAUUAGUAUGAAGGAUGCAGAAGGCAUGACAUGUAUGCAUCAAGCAGCAAAACAUGGUCGAAUAGUAUCCUGUGCUGCUUUGCUUUCAAACGAUUCUAACAUAGUUAAUAUGCCCGAUGAUGGUGGAUGGACUCCUAUUGUAUGGGCAACAGAACAUAAGCACACAAGUACUGCAAAGUAUUUAGAACAUUUUGGAGCGGACGUUACCAAAACUGAUAAGGAGCGAAAUAUGUGCCUACAUUGGGCUGCUUUAUCAGGGAACUUGGAACUUUUAAUAAUGUGUCUUCAACGACGAUGUGACUUUAACUAUAGAAAUAAACAUGGAGAUACUGCCUUACAUAUUGCUGCUAGACAAGAUCAUGCUGAUUGUGUACUUUGCCUCGCGAAUUGGGGAGUUGAUCAUACUAUCAAAAAUAAUGAAGGAAAGACCGCAUUGGAGUGUACUUUUCUCGAUACAGAUUCUCAAAUUUUGCUCAAAUUUAAGCACAAAGUGGCAGAAGCAAUGUCCAAACCGGGACAACAAGAUAAUCAGAGGAAAAGUAUAUUGAGUGCUGAUAUGUCAAAGGGAUUUGAAAAAAUACCAGUUUCUUGUAUUAACUCUGUUGACGAUGCGCCAUGUCCCACAGACGCCGCAGAUGGUUUUCACUAUGUAACUGCUAAUGUUCAUACUUCUAAUGAAUCAAUUGUGAAAAAUCCUACCAACAAAAUGCAGUCAUGCUAUUGCUACAAUGAGUGCAGUGAUGGGUCUUGUUUAUGUGGAGUAAUGAGUAGCAAAUGCUGGUACAAUAAGCAAGGACAUCUUAUACCCGAGUUUGACUUCGUUGAUGCUCCUUUUAUUGUAGAAUGCAGUGAAACAUGUUGGUGUCCUCCAUCUUGCCAUAACAGAGUUGUACAGAAAGGAAUAAGAUAUAACUUGCAAGUUCACAGGACGAGAACAAUGGGCUGGAGUGUACGAACUCUUGAUACCAUACCAUGGGGAGCAUUUGUCUGCGAGUAUGUUGGAGAACUAAUUUCAGAUGCUGAAGCUGAUAUCCGUGAAGAUGAUUCAUAUCUGUUUGAUUUAGAAAAUAGUGAAGCUGAAAUAUUCUGCAUUGAUGCUCGUUACUAUGGUAAUGUGUCACGCUUCAUCAAUCAUCUCUGUGAUCCCAACUUGAUGCCUUUGAGAGUAUUUAUUGAUCAUCACGAUAAAAGAUUUCCCAGACUCGCAUAUUUUUCAACAAGGGAAAUUAAAGCCGGUGAAGAGUUAGGAUUUGAUUAUGGAAAUCGAUUCUGGGAUAUUAAAUGUCGUUCAUUCAAUUGUGGUUGUGGAUCUCAACAAUGCAAAUAUUCUGAAGAAGCUUACAGACUUAGAAAAGAAGAGGAAGAGAAAAACAAAAUUGCUUCAGAUUCCGGAGGAUUAAGUACAUGAAUUCAUGGUCAAUACCUCAUGAGUUAUCAAGAAUCGUCAAUCGUCUUCUGCAAUGCUUCGUUCAGUUUUUUUAUCAAUUUGACAUUCUGUGUUUUUGAUCAAGUAUUUUGUGCUUCCUGAAGUGUGUUGGUGCUUAAUGCAGUGGGAUAGAUUUCUGGUAUAUUUGUAUUUCUGAUUUUAGACCAUGAAUUGGAUAUAUCCAUUCAUUUCUAUUCUCAAAUAGCUGGCACAUUGAUGGUAGUCCUGCAUCCUUAGUAUUUUUUACUUUCUUUCAUAUUUCCCAUUGCAUUAUUUUUCUAUAUUUUUAAUGCUAUUUCUUUUGUGUGGUGUAGGAGCAAAAGUACAAAUAUCAAUUUUCUUGUUAUUGGUAUCAUGCCAUCCUCAUGCCCAAGCGAAGUUAUGAUAAAUCCAUUCGCUCACAAUGCAAAUCUAAUCUAUCUACACGAAAAGUGCUUCACAAAUCUGAACUUUGAAAGUUGUUUAAAAGUUGAUGUUUUUUGCUAAUAAUUCAACGUCUGUAUGACAAUGACAAUCAAUUGAAUCCAAGAGAUGCUGAAGCGAUUUUUGAAAAUCUCCCAGUUUAUCUUUAGCGCACUUGUCCCACAGUACUGAGUUGGUAUAUUACGGGAAAAUGGUUAAAAGCAUGCAUAUGUCAUAGAAUUUAUGCCAAGUAUUAUCUUCAUAGAAAGUUAUUCUAAUGAAGUGAUUUUCAAACAAGAGAUACACGACAUUUUUGAGAUGCCCAUGAAGAAGUAUUUAGCUUAGCCAUGCAGUAAUUCUUUUAUUGUAUCCACUGUAAGCAAAAUUUUGUAAUCAAAUGUAGAAAAAAAAAUCCCGAAAUUCUCAUUUGCAUUUUGCCAUUUAAUUUAUGAAACCAAUCCAAUUCUCAUUUCGAAAGUAAGAUUGUUUGAAAUUUUAUUGCUCCACUGAAAGUACUAUCUAUAAAAUGCUGCUGGAUUUGUAGCAACAAGUUUUCCUACACCAGAAACAUUGAAUGCAAAAUUUUGUAGAUUUAAGCGAUUUAUGACAUGUGCUUUAGUUUGGGAUUGGAGCUUUCAUCUUUGCCGGAGUGUUUCACAUGGAAUUUCGGUUUAUGCAAGUCAGGAUCAACCCUGCAAAGUUUUUUUUUCUGCGGUAAAUACUUUUGUCAACUUGACAUUUACAUCUAUUCAUUUUUGUUUGUGAUUCCCUCUGUUGAGUGGUUUCAUGAUUUUGCCAUGUUUUUCAUCGUUUUAUAAGAUUGCAAUGG